AUCUGUCAAUUUAAUUUAGGGAUUUUUUGCUGUUUCUAACCUCAUUUUUUGAAACGUCAAACGUGAAAUGAAAAUGCUAUAAACACCGUUUAAUUUAAGUUUUAAAGUUUUAUAAAAAAAGGUAAUGGAUGAAGAGCAAGAAACUGCAUUAGAGAAUAAAAUUGAUGAUGAUCCAGUUGUGAAAGAGAUCCCAAUUUUUUUAUCGAAGCGUUUAGAAAAUAGUUUGUACGUUUUCCAAUAUCCUUUACAACCAAAAAAUCGCGGAUUUAAUCAAAGUAUCAGUAAAGCCUACAUUCGGCCUGAUAACCAAGAAGUGAAAUUAGAUGUGGAUUUAAACGUGGAAUCAAUUAAUUUUGAUGUUGGUAAAGCGGAAUUAAUAGCGCGAGAUCUCGAAUUAAACAGCGAUAAAAAGAAGCCCGAGAAUGUCGUGUUUCAAAAUCACAUCAUGGACAAAGUUUUAUUUACGUCUAAUAAAGCGGUUAAUGAAUCAGAUAAUUAUGCAAUCGGUUGUUUUAACGGACGAGAAUUACACUUGACCCCAAUUAAAACGUAUUUACAACUAAGACCGUUUUUGCAUCACCUCGAUAAAAGUGGGAAGAAAAAGAAAGAAACCGUGAAUGAAUCGGACGAGGAAGAGGAAUCAUCCGGAAGCUCGGCGAAACAAGUUACAGUUAAAUUCGGGAAAGUUAACGAGAAAAAAAAGGAGGAAGUUAACGAACAAGAUAAGAAAUUAGAGGCGUGGAUAGAAUGUAAUUGGCACGGAGAAAAUAGUACUUUAAGCGAUAUACAAAAAUCGAAAUUGUAUGCGGAAAACACCGAGGAUCAUAACCAAGCGAAAGUUUUAACACCCUCGGAGUAUAUCCGCGUUUUAAUCCCUGAAGAUAUUAAAGAGGCCACAGAAACUCCUUCGUUACCUUCAAACGUAAUGUCAUUGCAUAUGUUGAGGGCGCUUCCACUUCCGGAGCAGUGCAGAUUGUUAUUAAAAGAUGCAAAAAUAAUUCAAUUUCAACAAUUAUUGUUACUUUUGGCUGGGGGGGAAGGAUUAACCCCCGAAUUAGUUUUAAAAUCGCUUCCCCAAGUUGCUGUUUUAGUUCGGGGAAAUUGGGUGGUUAAAUCGGAAGUUUUGUAUCCGCAAAAUACAUUUUCUUCGACUAGUGGGGUUCCCGCUGAUGUUAUGUGUCGUGCUAGAGAUUAUAUUCUUUAUUUAUUUACUCAAAAUGAAUGUGUUGAACGAAAAAAAGUGUCAUCGUUGGUUAAAAUCCCCGCAGAAGAAUUGAAAGAGAUUUUUAUUGGCGUUUCUAAGUUAAAACACAAUAAAGUUUGGGAGUUAUCGCUUGCUACGGAUGCUGAGUUUAUUUUGAAGCAUUCGGAUGUGGUGCAAAGGCAAAAUGCACAAUGGGAGCAUCGCGCAAAGCAAUUGGGGGAGUAUUUGAAUAAAGAUAGUAAUAAGGAGAAGAAGCAACGGAGGAAGAGUAAAAGUGUGAGUGAGGAACAACAUCGUGGUAAAAGGGAGCACACGGAAUCGGAAUCAGACUCGGAAAAGAAUAAGUCGCCGAUUGCGGCGAGACGAAAUAAAAUUGUUAAAGCUAAUAAUGAAAUUGGUGUUAUUUAAUUAAUAAAACGAAAUUAAUUUAU